AGUGCCAAACUGUCAAUCGUGUAGUGCGGUCAUGUGGUGCGGAGCCAGCGUGCGCUCGCCUCCCAUCAUCAUCGCCCUCUGAGUGGUCUUUCAGUCCUCUUCAGUCGUGCCACAGCCACAGCCAAAAGUCCACAACCAAAACCAACUCGAAACCGAAUCCAAAUCCGAAACUGAAUCUGCAUUUGAUUCUGAAUUAGAAUCUGAGUCCGCAACGAACACUCUGGCAAGCGGAAUCGAAGGAUUCCAGCGCCAGGACCGCCCUCGACAAAUAUUUUUUUGUUCUUGUUCCCCGAAUUCCAUUGCAACAUUUAGCCAGCAGCUAAAACAAAGUAAAUAAGCGCAAGAAAAAUAUAAUAAGCAAAGUGCUCAAGUGCCAAAAAAAAAAAAUUUAAAAUUUAAAAUAAAAAUUGAAAGAAGAAAAUUAAGGAAAAUUCAAAAGAAUAAACCGGAACCCUUCCAGCUAAGCUGAAGAAAAUAUAUAUUAAUAUAAAUGUGCCUGCGACAAAAAAAGAAGGAAAAAUGCAAAGAGGGAUAAAUACGCUACGUGCAAUUGUUAAUUUUUUUGAGAUUUUUUGUUCUUGUGCGGUUUGAACAGGAGUGCGAACAGAACAACCACAACAACAUAUACAAAUAUAUAUAUAUAUAUAGAAAUAUAUAUAUUUAAUAGCCAACAAUAACAACAACAACAACAGCAUCGACAACAACCACAACAAAAGGAUGAAGGACUGCUGCAAAUGCAAUAACAACAACAACAACGGAGACUUCGAGCGGAUACGACAGCUACGGCAGCUAGAGAUACUUGUAACUAAAGUGACAUGAGGCCUUAACAACAAUAACACCAACAACAACAACAACAACAGCAACACCAACUACAACAACAACAACAAUAAAAACAGCAUCAACAACAAGCAGGAGCACUACAACAACAGCGAGCAUAAGAACAAAGGACACGACAGCACCAAAAGCAACAACAACAAAUUCAAACGAGCGCAACCAUACAGCACUAAAAACCAAAUUACAAACAAUUAAAAGCGAACACAGGGAAGGAUCCUCCAGGGAGAGAGAGCUUGACAACGGUACUGCAGCCACGCCCCCUGGCCAGCCCCAUCACACGCACACACACACACAGCCAAGAAGACAAGGAUACAGCACAGAGAGUCACCGAACAACCAACAAAAAAAAAAAAAGCCAUCUACAUGCCUCAAUGGCCACUCCAUCGUUUAUGGCCAACUAAAACUGAGCAGCGCUGCCCACGAAGGACCCCCGAAUUCGUCCUGGUUGCCUUGGAGCCCGGCCACCACCAGUCCAUCAUCGCCGGGACCUUUGUCUUUGUUCCGCAUCAGGACCAGAAAUACCAACAGCAACUGAAACAGAAACGGCAACGCCACCGAAGGCGGCAAUAAAAAGUUUGCUUUGUGUGUGCGCUCUUUGGGCCACGAAACACGCUACCAUCCAACCCUACUCGUGCUGCUCCUGCUGCUGCCACGCCCCCCGUUCGAGAACGGUGUCGCCCUCGUUGUCCUUGUCGUCAUCGUCAGACGCCUGUGGGCACUCAAUUAAGCCCAAUUCAACGCAACUUGAAAGCGACAGCGGCAACAAAAGCAGCAGCCGCUGAAAGUGACAAAAACAGCGGAAGGAGCAACAACAAUAGCAGCAGCAUAAAUAAUAACUGUAACAAUAGUGGCAAGGAAUAGCAGCAGCAACACCUGCAGCAGCAGCACCAUCAGCAGCUUCGCUAAAAUAUUGCAUAGACGCCGGAGGAGCAGCAGCAGCAUUAAUAAAAACAGCAUUAGCAGCAGCAGCGCAACAAGAGCAUCAAGAGCUGCAAAACCUGCAGCAUCAGCAAUAAUUGCAAUAAAAUCAACUAAAACCGCAGCAACUGAAGCAGCAGCAGCAACUGAAGCAGCAGCAGCAACUGCGAUUAAAGCUGCAACAGCAACACAAGUGGCACAAGCAACAGCAAUUGAAGCUGCAACAUCGGCGGUAGCAGUCAGCCGGCCACGCCCACGGUAACGCCAACGCCCGCGCCCCCCCACACACAGACACACACACACAUUCAGCUGCAUAGAACGAAACACACACACACACACAGAUACAAGCUACAGAUAUACAGACACAUAUUAAGAUACAGCUGCAGCUACAGAUACAUUUCGAGGAGCAGCGGCAACAGCGGCCACACGGACUUGGGACACGCCCACGUAUCGCUGGCGUGGGCGGCGGGCGGUGGGAGUGGCUGAGUGGAUGUCAGGAUGAAACUGAGCGUGAGCGCGUAUCGGGCGCAUGCAUCCGCACACAAGAAGAUCCUCUCCAGCGGCUAUCACUCACAGCUCAACUACGGCAGCACUGGAGCGGCAGCGGCAUCCUCCUCGUCGUCGGGGGCCACUGCAACGGGCCUAUAUACGAUGGAAGCGCACGAGCACGAAGCGGGCAAGUUUGUCAAGGAUGUGGCCCGUCAGGUGCACGACUGCAACAGCGACACGGAUGUCAUCAGUCCCACGGGCACCAGUAUCUCCGGUGGCGGAGGAGGCGGCGGAGCAGGCGGUGCCGGCGGAUCCGGUGGUGCUGGCGGACACAGCGACGGUGGCUAUCACAAGCGGCACCACCACAAGAUGGUCCGCGAUGACGACAACAACAGUGCGGCGCACUCAUCGGACAGCAAGAGUCCCAGCCAGCGGAAAUCGCGUAUCGGAGAUGGAGCUUCAGAUCCAGAUUCCGAUUGGACACGAUCGAACCAACGCUGGAUGAAGCUACGCACCACCGUGCAGAUCUCAUCGGCGAUACAGAAGAAACCACCGCUCAAGCGCGAAGACUCCUUCCUGAAGCGUUUCUCGACUAGACAGAUACCCGAAACACAGGAAACUGUUGAAGAUACGGGUUCAGAAAGUGCCUCUGGUGACGUCGACAAGAGUGUUAAACGACGGCGACGCUAUCUGCAGAAACGACGAUCCGUUGUUAAUCCAGAUGAAAAUUUUUACUUCUAUUGGUUAAUGAUGUUAACUGUAUGUGUUCUAUAUAAUCUAUGGACCCUAAUUGUGAGGCAGAGCUUUCCUGAACUGCAGCAAUCUGUGCCCACGUUUUGGCUCAUCUGCGAUUCGAUGACAGAUGUUGUAUUUAUCCUAGAUAUAAUAGUUCAAUUACGCACAGGCUAUCUGGAGCAGGGCCUAAUGGUAUACGACGACAGGAAGCUGGCCUGUCACUACGUUCACUCGCGCGACUUUAUCUUCGAUAUGAUAGCGCUGAUACCAUUGGAUUUGCUGCAGCUCAAGAUGGGCACACAUCCGCUCUUGCGUUUUACGCGCUUUUUUAAAGUUUAUCGAUCUGUGAGAUUUUAUUACAUCGUAGAAAGUAGAACAGUUUGGCCAAAUUUAUGGCGUGUUGUUAACCUAAUUCAUAUCCUGUUAAUACUGGCACACUGGUUCGGUUGUUUCUAUUUUUUACUCUCCGAGGCGGAGGGCUUUCAGGGCGACUGGGUGUAUCCGUAUCGACCCGGGGACUAUGCCACCCUAACGCGAAAGUAUCUGGGCAGCCUGUACUGGUCGACCCUGACACUGACGACCAUUGGGGACCUGCCCACACCCGAAACGAAUGCAGAAUAUAUUUUUACGAUCGUUAGCUAUUUGAUUGGUGUUUUUAUCUUCGCCACCAUUGUGGGCCAAGUGGGCAAUGUGAUAACGAACCGAAAUGCGAAUCGCCUGGAGUUCGAGCGCCUUCUGGAUGGGGCCAAGACCUAUAUGCGGCACCACAAGGUGCCCGGAGGGAUGAAGCGGCGCGUGCUGCGAUGGUACGACUAUAGCUGGUCCCGCGGCAGGAUACAGGGUGGCGGUGACAUCAAUACCGCACUGGGCCUCCUGCCCGACAAGCUGAAAACCGAAUUGGCCUUACAUGUCAACCUGAGCGUUCUGAAGAAGGUGACCAUAUUCCAAGAGUGCCAGCCCGAGUUCCUUCACGAUCUCGUGCUCAAGAUGAAGGCCUACAUCUUUACGCCGGGCGACUCCAUUUGCCGUAAGGGCGAGGUGGCCCGCGAGAUGUUCAUCAUUGCCGAUGGCAUUCUGGAGGUGCUGAGCGAGACGGGCAAGGUCCUAACCACCAUGAAGGCUGGCGAUUUUUUUGGCGAAAUCGGCAUCCUCAAUCUGGACGGGCUUAACAAACGCACAGCGGAUGUGCGCUCCGUGGGCUACUCGGAGCUCUUCUCUCUGUCCCGCGAGGAUGUCCUGGCGGCCAUGAAGGACUACCCCGAUGCCCAGGAGAUUCUGCAGACCCUGGGCCGCAAGCGGCUAAUGGAGGUGCGUUGCGUGAACAAAAAGUACGCCAAGGCGCAGAGUGACAAGGAGGCGGCCGCCUAUGCGGCAGCUCAUCCGCACCACCAUCAGAGCCAUCACCAGGGUCAGGUGCACCAGAGCGACAGCAGCGAGAACAGUGCCUCCAAGAAGAUCGUGGACAAGCUGAAGCACGACGUCAAGGGAUUCCGCAACGUGCUGAAGAAGUCCAGGACUUCGCGCAAAAGCGAUGAAUCCUUGGAGAUGCAGCCACUGCACAACACCUCGCCGCGCGGCAGCAAGAUCCUGCUGAAGCGCAUGUCACGCGUUCGAUCGGACGAAAAGGAUGCGGAUAGCGCCGAGGCCAAGGACGAGUUGCACGACAAGACGCCCAGUCCGAUUGGGGCGGGACUGCCAUUGCUGCAGCGCCUCCGGCUCCUCAAGGAGAAGCAGGAUCGCGAAGAGCGAGCUGUUAAGUCCACACCACCACAGAAAUCUCCACCUCACUCACAUGUAACGUGUACGUUAUCGCCGCAGGAAUCGAUCCAGGAGGAGCCCGAACGCGAGUUCAGCGAAGGCUUUCCCCUGAUCCAGCGACUCCAGCAGUUGAAAAUUAAGAAUGAGCCGCAGGCAAACGCCGCCGAACCCGGCGUCGUCAUGGUCAACACACCGCCCAACAUUAGCAGCAAAAUUGAUUCGCAUUUCGCUGCCAGCCAGGCAGGUGCAUCGCAUCCUGGCCCAAAUGGCGGAGCCAUCGGCAUCUCGGCGCCGGGACAAUCGCUGACGGUGGCCCAGAUCAAGCCCAUCAUGAAGGUGUCCUUCAAGCAGAAGAUCCAGCAGAUGCAGGGUGGCGGCGGAGGAGCCAGCAGUUCACCGGGUCCAAGCACGGGAGCCAUAGCCAAGAAGGAGCCACCCAAGUCACUGGCUCUGGUGGCCAAGCACGCUACAUCCGAGGAUCCCGUCGCCGCAGCCGGAUUGGGUUUGGGAUCUGGUUCUAGUUCCGGCAUUGCCACCAUAUCGAAGAGGGUAGUCAAACCUCAAAGCCAUCGGAUGGCUACGCCGCUGCAAUCCGACACCGACACCGAUGGCACGCCCAUCAAACCGUGGUCCAAGCUGAAACUGGCCACCCUGAUGUCCUCCAGCUACACGAGCUUAACCAACUGUUCGCCGGAUGAUCUGGCCUCACCGCUGAAGAACUACUCGCUGAGCAACAUACCGCAGCAGAUGGAGUCGCAUACGCGACCACGUCACCAUAGCGCCAGAAGUAGUUCGAGAUCACCGCGUCAUGGACACCACCAUCACCAUCAUCAUGGCCACCACCAGCACGGACAGCUUCAGGGGCCAAGCUCCACGUGCACCAACGGCUCCACGACCAGCCAGGUGAACCAGGUGACGGCGAGUGCAAAGCGUGAUUGCUUGCGUCUCCAGAAGCCGGAACAGCACUUGCCCGACGGCGAACUGACCGAACUGGGCGGCAAUGGACGGAGGAAGCUCUACCAAAGCGUGUUCGAUCUGUCGCCGGAAUACUGCGGACUGCCGUUUGUCAAGCGAUUGAAGAUCCUCAAUGAGCGCCAGAAGCUUGCGGAACUGGAGCGGGCAUUGCAAACCCGUAGCUUUAGCCUCGACUGCUCCAAGUCCGGGCCGGAUAGCAAGGUGCCCAUAACGGAGUCCUUGUAUCGAUGUUAUAGCGACACUUCCGGCAUCUACUCGCAGUUCCUCAGCACGUACGAAUCAACCACCAGCUCCACCUCGAUAUCCACCAAUACUUCCGCCUCUGCAUCGGCAUCCGCCUCCGCAUCCGCAUCCGCAUCGGAUAGCAACUCCAGGCAAUUGCAAUACGUACCCCUGCCACUCAGUCCCGAAUCGAAUGAGACCAUGGAGCGGCGCAAGCUGAAGAGCAUACUCAAGAAACUCCAGAUGGGCGGUGGUCAGCAGGAGGAGGCGGGGCCGGGCACGGGAACGGGAGCGGGAGCGGUAAUGGGAACGGGGUCAAAGGUCAACUCCAGUGCCAGCCAAAAGGGGCAGGGCCUGCCGGCGGAGCCGACCUUGGAAGGCCCGCCCGCCAGUGCCAAGGAGGAGGAAUCUCCCUUCGGCGGUGCUGCGGCGAUCGGUUCGGUGAAUAAUGCUUGCGGUAACGGUAACGGUAACGGUAGCGUUAGUGGUAACGGUAACGGUAGCGGUACGGUAAACGAUAGCAGUGCUAAUUCGAGUUCGCAUCCGAGCAAUAACGGCAACAGUGCGUAUACGUGUCCUCCUCCACCGUCAGUGGCUUUUCCGUUUCCGGUACCCAUUGCACCAGCAUCCGGCUCAGUUCCACUACCAUUGGAGCCCGGAGUGUCGAAUGUCUGGUCGCCGACGUUGACGUUGGUAACGCCCACGAAUUCGCCGCAGGAGAGCUUCGCGUUUCCUGCCCAACUGCAGGGGGAGUUGGGCGGACACGGAACCGGGCGCGGACUCGUUGGUGGCGUUGGCAGCGCCUCAGCGUCGAUGUUGCCAGCGGGAGCGGGAGCAAGUGCAUCCGCAUCCGCAUCCACGUCCACGUCCGCCUCGUAUGUCGUCGAGUGCUCAGCGUCGUCGAAUCAAAUCCUCCAUGCCCAGUCCACCACUGAUUUGAAUUUGAAUUUGCAGCUCAGGCAGAACACGACCAGUUCGAUGGGCGGACCGGGUCCAGCGCAACGGAUUGAAGGCUUCCCGGAGGCACAGGACUACUUCAAUCAGAUCCUGAACGGCAUCAAUCACGUGAUCAAGACGCACAUGAACGAGAUGCACUCCAAGUUCGAGACGCAAUUCUCCAGCAUGGCUGGUGAGGUGCGACGACGCGACGCUAUCAUUGCCCAGCUGCAGCUCAAGCUGCGCUCCAUAGAGGGCAAGUCCUCGGCGGCACCGACAUCCUCAUCCUCCUCCGCACUGGUUCUGCCCAUCAGCCGGCGCCAGAAGAAGAUGCCCCAGCUGUCGGUGGACGACGAUGAGCCGCCGGAGGAGGAGGACAACAGCAGUUCGGGUUCUUCGGCGGAACUUUUGUUUAUGCGAGGUGACUCCCUGGACACGGUGUUCACCUCAUCGCCGCCCAUUCAAGGGGGCAGGCGCAGCACAUCGCCGGGUCCUAGUCGUCAUCAUGCGGCCUCGGCUAACGCCCUGAACUGUCCGAGCAGCUACUACGGAGGACCCGGAUCCCUGAGCUCACGCCACGCCCAGAGCCACCCCAGCUUCUAUUCCGGCCAGGGAAAUGGACGGAACAGCGGGCGCAGCAGUGGAUAUCGCGAGUGGAGCGGCGCAGCGGAGAGCGGACACCUGGUCAGUGGGAGUGGAUCGAGCGGCGCGGUCAUGGUGGCCGAUGUCACGGGCAAUCUGGCCCGCCUGUCGGACAGCGUGAUCCUCGACAUUGGCGAGAGUUCCAGUUCGAGCUCCUCGUCCAGCAAGAUCAACAUGGCCGAAGUGGAUGACGACGAGGAGGAGGAGGAUCCGAGGGUGCGGGAUGCUCGAAACGAGGAGGACAUAGACGAUGGCGAAGGUGGUUUGGCGAGCCACAACGACUGGGAGGUGCAGAUGCUGGCCGCCGAGAUGGAACGGCAGGAACGGAAGCGUGGUCACUCCCUAUCCGACAAUCUGGGCGAACUGAAGCACUGCAGCACGUUUCUGCGGCGACGCCGGAAGUUCAGCGACACGGAAACGGAAUUUAGUGAGACGGACAUGGAGGAGCAGUUGGCCAGAUCGGGCAGCGGCCCGAUGGAGCCAAGCGGAUCGGCACCAUCUAGCUCUGGAGCCGGUGGCUCCACAUCCGCUGGACAUCAGAGCGGCAGCCAGCGACCGAGGGCCUCCAGUCUGGAUCAGUUCAAUCUGCGCUACGGCAUCGGGCGCGGAAUCUUUAAAGCAAUGAGCAUCGAUCGUGAUAAAGACAAGCUUUGAGAACUAUAAUCACGACCAAAUCUAAAACGAUCCCGAUCCUGGUCCCAAUCCCUUUCCGAAUUCCGAUUCCCAUCCCAAUCGCAACCAGAAGCGAUUUCAUCAGCAGACAACCAAUAAGCAAUGGAAUUUGGACAGUAUUACCAUGGUACAAGAACUAGGUAUAUGUAUAUGAUAUACAAAACUAAGAAGAUGUCAGGACAUAUAGAUCUAUAUUCUAUAUAUGUUUAGCCCUAACGAAACCCCCCAGCAAGAGAAUCGAUAUAUACAGAUAUACACAUAUAAAGUAAAGACCGAUUGAGAUAUAUAUAUAUACACACAUAUAUAUAUAUAUAUAAAACAUAUAGAUUUAACGGAAACAACAACUACUAAAAACCGGAAACAAACACACAAAUAGCCAGAGAGUGUUACCACCCCGGUUCCAAUUACUAUUCGUUUCGCUUUCUUGAAUUGUAAUCUUUAUCCCGAUUGUUUGUGCUUGCAAAAUGAUAAUAGUUUAACACUAGGUAUUCUUUUUUUUUCUUAAAGAGAACUGUGAUUCCGUUUUAAGUGCAUGAUAUUUACAAAGGUCUUUCCUUUCCUUACAAAAAUACUCUUACAUAUAAAUACUUUUUAGCCAGGAAAUUCUUACAAAGCAACGUUUCUAGGUUUGAUCUCAUGUUUUCUUCGUUUACUAUUUAUUAUAUUUUACAUUAAUUGUUCGUCUUAUUCAGUCGCUCUAUCAUUAUGCAAGUGUACUUAAGGGUCUGCCGAUUAUUUCUUAAAUUUCAUUUUAAUAAAUUUUCCAAAUUUGUGUGACCCUGUGAGAGAAUGUAUGUGCGUAGAAAAUAAUUCCCACAUUAAACCGUCCUGAAAAACGUCCAUGCCACGAUGCGCAUGUUAGUUCAUUUUGUAUGUAUCUGUAUCUGAAACCGCAAAAAAAAAAAAAAAAUGAAAAUCGCCAUUUGUAUCAGCAUCCCAAUUGUCUCGAUCCGAACCCAAAUCGGUAUAUUGAUUAGUUGCUCGUUUAGUUUGUGGACAUCGGGGUCCUGGGCCUCUCUACAGAUGUAUAUACCUCUUAUUGUUAGAGACUAUGGAACAUAUAUAUAUACAUAUAUAUUUUAAGUACGUACAUAUAUACACAGAAAUAUACAUAGUUAUAUAUCUAUAUAUGAACUAGUCUAAUGAAAACCGAAAGCUUUAAUAACUUAUAUAGAAAACUAUUUAAGAAACAUUUUAAAUACUAAUCGAUUCGGACAAAUGUUUUGAAAUAGAACAGGCCAAUCCAUUUCCAACACAAGCAAAUUAAAAAAUGGAAAAUUAAAUGAAAAUGAAAAACAAACACACUAAACACAUACAUAAGGCAUACACCUGCAUACGAAUAUCUAAAUAUAGAGCCUAUAAUAUGCAUAGAUUAGCGAUUUACUUGUUGAACACCCUCGGUUAAGCCUAUCGAAGCGUUAGUCGAACCUAUCGAAAAACUUAGACUAGCUCUGUAAACCUUAAACCUCUUAAGCUUCCAAAAUCCAAAGUCCCAAGUCCACAGUCCCUGCAUCCAUUCGGUUUCGUUCACCUGAUCCCAAGCUUGACCCCAGACCUUCACCUCAUCCCCCAAAUCCUAACUAGAGAAACUAUCUCGCCGUAAGAAAGGCAACUCUAGCACUUAAGUAGUUUAGUGCAGUUCAAGAUCUAUGUCGAAACCGAAUCGAGUCUGUCGAACCGCCGCCGCCGAAAACAAAAAUGUAUCUCAAGACAAUGUAGGCAGGAAACACGAUUGUUGAUUGUUGCUUUUUCAUUUUUGAUUUCUAUUCUUGCUCUGAACUAAUCGCUUUACUAAAGACAGUUACUAGCCAGGCCCUAGACGCACUCACUAAUCAGACGGUAGAGUCCGUAGAGAAAAGUUAGACACCCAACUCUAGAGUUUCGUAGUUUCAACUAGCCACACAAAAAGGAUGUUAAGCUGUACUCAAGCCACUUACUAUCGCUCUGGCUACUUCGGCUAUCGAUAACUAUCGUACUGUUCUAAGCGCACUAACCGACACACACAAACACAAGACAAACACACCCACACACUUAAAAUGAUAAAAGUCAAACUUAAAUAUUAGAUACUAUAUCUGUUUGAAUAUCUUGAAUGAGUGUUCGCACCUUUCGUGGUAAGAACACAUACAAAUUGAUGUACAUUUUAAUAAGUAAGCGAUAUUUAUCGAUGACUUUCUUCAAAAACAUCGAUAAGUACCGAUUAUUAUUUAAGCUCGACAGCAUUUCUUGGGAAUAAGCAUUCCCCUUUUAACUGAAAAGUAUUUCUCCAAAACUAGUCCACAGCAACAUAAAAAACCUGAAAUUCAAGGAACAAGGAAUUCUCAAGUGGGUUCAAAACAAAGAAAACCAAAGCAAACAAAACCAAAAAAAGUACACAAAAAGCAAAACUUUAAUGGGUCACAGCCAGCUAAGCAGUCCAACUAAAUGUAAUAAGACAAAACGACAAGCACAACACUUAUGUAAUUCAAAACAACACAGCCGGAAGAUAGAGCAGGAGUAACUCUAUAAGAUUUUAAUUUAGUCGUCUAUUGGGUUCAUUUGUUGAGGAGGCCACGAUUGAAUGCCAACGAGGAGAGCCAUUUAAAUUGAAUUACAUACGCCAGGGACCACAAAAUGUCUUUUUUUUUUGUCUCUUUUUUAUAUAAACGUGUAAACACAAUAGGAAAUCCUAGCAAAGUUAAUGAUAAUAUUGCCUAAAACAGGAGAGUGUUAUUGACCAGAAGGUAGUCAUCAUAUAAUCAUCGAUAUACCCUUAGCCAGGCACCCAUUAUAUAGGCCCCAUUCCCGAUAUAUAUAUAUAUAAAAAUCUUUAUAUAUACAAGUAUGUCUAACUGAUUUCUUACGUACCACUCACUCUCGGUUCAAUUGUUGUCAGUCAACGAAAAACUCUGUGAGUCAAUUAUGUAUAUGGAUCAUUUUUAAUCGAUUGUUUUUAACUGAAGAUAUGCCAGAUGACCGAUUUUGACCUACUCUGUAUUGUACUAUAUUGCAUUGAAUACCGCGAAUUGUUGUCGUUGUUGAUUUUAAAUUUUAAAUUGCUCGUAUUUAAGUUACCGAUAUUUUUGUACAUUAGUUUAAGGUAGCGCAUAAUAAGUCCCACGAGUCUAGAGUAAAUUCCAAUAUAAAUGUAUAAAUACAUUUUUUUUCCUCCUAAUUGCUAAUUUCGCAAUGUUGACCGAAUACUAAAGAAAAUGUACUUAUAGUGAAAUUAUACGCAAAAAAUAAUUUAAACUAAACUAAAUGAGAACUAAACCAAAGCAAAAAUGAAAACAAACAGAGAAAUUAGCACAUGUUAAAGAAGCGCAAAUAAAAGUGAAUACAAACGAAUAUGACAACAAACUUGCCUUCGGUUGCGAGUUACUUUGUAGUGUGCCAAAUCUACAUCAUAUCAGCUUUUACUCACCACAAGGUAUGAUGUUGCUGCAAAAUAACACGAAUCCCAAAUUCGAACACUAAAUGAAACCACGAAAAACCGAUGCAAGUGAAGCUAAACCCCCCAGCAGGCAAGGUGAAAUAUGAAUGAGAAAUCGAGGCAAGCAGAACUUAUUUGAAUAAAAGAAGAAAAUGU